AUGUCAUCAGACAACACCUGCAACUCUCGACACUUUUCAUGGCUCAUGAAAUCUUGUUUCCCCAACCAACAAAACCACCACCAACCCUCCCCCAUCUCCGCCGCUGCCUCCGCCACCACUAUCUCUGCUCUCCCAGAUGACCUUCUCUUAGAAUGUCUCUGUAGAGUUGAUCAAUCUUCCCUCCUUUCCCUCGCUUUCGUCUGCCGCCGUUGGGCUCACCUCAUCAAUUCCCCCUCCUUCCACCACUUGCGCCACCACCACAAUCUGUUAUUCAAUACUAUCUUCUCCAUUUGCAUUUCCCGGUCCGCCCUUUUCGCCGCCAGCCUCCGCAUGAGCCACCAGUUUGAAUUACCCACUUGGAAAGUAUCCACCUUUAUCCCUUCGAGUCCUUCUUUACAUUUAGAAAAUGGAUCUGUUUUCUCUUUGUUUUCACACUACAGAUUGGUUUCAAUUGGUCGGAAAAUAUACAUAAUUGGCCGAACGGCGAUGCUUCGGUGUGACACGUGGACUGGCACUUUGGUCCCCAAGGCAGGGAUGGGUUUUCCGAGGAAGAAAUUCGCCGCUGCAGAGGUGGCUGGGAAAAUCUAUGUUGCUUGUGGCUCAGCCCGGUCGGAAGCGGUGGAGGAAUACGACCCAGACGAGAAUGAGUGGCGCGUGGUGUCCCAUGCACCGAGGAGGAGAUACGGGUGCAUUGGAGCUGCCGUUGAUGGUGUGUUUUAUGUAAUUGGAGGGUUAAAGAUUGGCGUGGCGGGGAACGAGGCGGCCCAUGUUUACGCGAGCUCAAUGGAUUUAUACGACGUCGAGGCGCGUGGGUGGUUGAGGAGCAGAGCAGUUCCCGGCGGCGGCUGCGUGGUGGCGGCCUGCGCGGCAAACGGGCAUCUAUACAUCCUAUCAAGCCAUGCGGUGGAGCUUUCGUUCUGGAAAUUCAACGGGUCCAGAAAAUCCGGUGAGUUUGGGGAGUGGCGGAGGAUUAAGCCUCCUCCGCUGCCAGCGCAGGUGAGACUGGAUAGCACGGUCGGGUUCAGCUGCGUCGGGGUGGGGAACACAGUGGUGCUUAUACAAGUAGUGGGUUGCAUAGAUGACUUACUAAGGAGGAGUGGGCGGAGCGAGAGGGGAUUAAAGGAAGGACUGGUGUUGGUAUACGACUGCGCCGCCGGGGAUUGGAGUAGAGCGGCGGACUCGCCGGCAGUGAUUCGACGCGCCGCCUGUGUUUGUGUGGAGUGUUAG